UCGAAAAUACUGUUUGAAAGCCAAAUAGUUGCUGUUCCCCUCUGCAAACAGUCGCAUCUUGUCGCUUGUCUGCCACGGCCAGAUCACGGGCGACUUUGGAAGUUUGUUCAACAUUAGAAUAUAUAAACAUCAAUAUAAUAAAGCUCUCUCGCCCGCGCAAAGUGUCCCGGCGGGUGUACUUUUGCAAAACGAUUAGCUGCGGGAUUUAGCAGCAGCAGCUGCACCAGAAGUAGCACGCAAAUCCGCAUCCGAAAUCGUGCGUUUAAUUCGUUCGUCGAUCACGCGCGGUUGUUGUGAUUGUGCAAUUUUCGUUUGUAAUCGUUCGGCGGAUCGAGCAAAAAGCUUACUGAUGUGCUUUUUUGCUUUCGCUGUUGUGAUCUAAGAUGCGUAACGAUCGAUCGUGAACGUGAUCGUCGAUCGGUGGAAGAUUGUUCUGAGUCGUGUAAAAAAAAAUAAACUCGUGAAGUUUGGUGUGCAAAAAAAGUGAAAUAAUCGUACGACCAAAAACGGACCUUCGAAUUGGGUUAUCCUAUUUCAACAAAAUGUGCAAAUAAAACCAAAUAGAAUUGCAAUAAUUCGACAACGAUGAUGCAGUGCCAUGCAACUAGUUGUUAUACAAAUUGCUCCUUCAGGAUUUAGUGAGCGGGAAGAUCAUUGCUCUGUGAAAGACUAACAAUAAAGCAUUAGAAAAGGAAAGGGUCUAAACGGUCAGCUAGAAACUCAACCAGUGUUUCGGGAGGUAAAGUAUUCGGAUCAGAUUCGUUCAGAUUAUGCUCGACUAGUGAAAGUUCCCUCCUAUGGUGUGUUAUGGCGAUAGAUGUGAAGAUGUGAGUCAGUGUCAGGCGAUAAGAGUGAACAUAGAUCAUGAUUCAUUUACCGUACGUCGGGUACGACUUCAUGGUGCGUGAGCAGAAGCACCAUUAGGUGAUAAGCAGAAGCUAGCGCUGUGCUUUGUGCGUAGUGAUAGGCAAGGAUAACGCUAUCAGAAAGUGUAUUUACGAGCUUGUCAGUGUGUGUGUAUGUGCGUGUGGUGUUAAAGUGGGUGUGUGCGUGUGGAAAAAGGGGAGAAAAGAGAAAAAGGAAAAUACAGAGCGAUUUAAGAAAAAAUGCAAAAGCUUUAUCCGGAAAGCUCGAUCAACACGAGCAGUAGUAUGGCGGUCGGUGGUGGUACCGGUGGCGGCAACAUGAGCCCAAUGGCCACCACGUACAGCAGCAUGAACAGUAUGGGUAUGGCGGUCGGUGGCAUGACGUCGGUAUCACCGCAGGGCGGUGGAUUCGGGGCUACGGUACUCGGCAGCCCGGGAAUGGGUGGGAUGGGUGCCGCCAUGAACAGUAUGUCCGGUAACUGUCUCACCUCGACCCCGAUCGGGUACAGCUCGAUGGGAUCACCGAUCAGCAAUAUGGGUUCGUGCAUGGGUGGCAACGGUAUGAGCACGAUGGCAGCAAUGUCCGGCUACUCGAGCGUAGCCGGAAGCCGGGAAGUACUCGGUGAUCCCAGCUCACCCAACUCGGUCGCACUGCAGCGGGCACGGACAGAAAAACCGGCGGCUACGUACCGGCGGAACUAUACGCACGCGAAACCACCCUACUCGUACAUCUCCCUGAUCACGAUGGCCAUCCAGAACAACCCGCACAAGAUGCUGACGCUUGCCGAGAUAUAUCAGUUCAUCAUGGAUCUGUUUCCGUUCUACCGGCAGAACCAGCAGCGGUGGCAGAACUCGAUUCGGCAUUCGCUCAGCUUUAACGAUUGCUUCGUGAAGGUACCGCGCACACCGGACAAACCGGGCAAGGGUUCGUUCUGGACGCUGCAUCCGGACUCGGGCAAUAUGUUCGAGAACGGGUGCUAUCUGAGGCGCCAGAAGCGCUUCAAGGACGAGAAGAAGGAGGUGUUGCGUUCGCUGCACAAGAGUCCGGCGCACGGCGGCAGCCUGGAUGCGGUCGGCAGCCCGGACAAGAAGGAUCCGAACGAGGAGCAUCACCAUCAUCACCAUCAUCACAGCCACAGCCAUCACAGCCACCGGACGGAGCAUGUGUCGAAGCUGAGCGCGGCCGAUACGCACGGCAUGCUGAACAGUGCGCACGGUAAAGAUGCGGACGCGCUGGCAAUGCUGCACGCGACGGCCGACUUAUGCUUAGCCCAACAAUCUCAUUCACAGCAUGGUGGUACGCACCAUCCUACGCAUCACCAUCAUCAUCAUCCGGCGCACCAGCAGCUGCAGCAGGAGGAAUUGACGGCUAUGGUAAAUCGUUGCCACCCUUCGCUGCUUGGUGAAUAUCACUCGAUGCACCUGAAGCAGGAACCGGCCGGCUACACACCCUCUAGUCACCCGUUCUCGAUUACGCGGCUGCUACCGACCGAAUCGAAGGCCGACAUCAAGAUGUACGAGAUGAGCCAGUACGCCGGUUACAAUGGGUUGAGCCCGCUGCCCAACUCACACGCGGCCGCGGCCGCCCUCGGGCAGGACUCGUACUAUCACCAGAGCCUCGGUUACCACCAUGCGUCCACGGGUACGACCAGCUUGUGACAUCAGUAUCCGCUGGCAUAAGUG